CAUUGUUAUUGUUGCAAAUUAUGCAUGACUUGCUGAGAUGAACUUUUACUAAUUAUGUAUGACAUAUCAAAAUGAAGCUUUCAAGUUGCACAUUUGAGUAUCUUUGGGAAACUAGUUGUUAGAUGCAGCUGUCAAUUAUUUAUCUUUGAACUACUGGCGUGGCAAGAAAUAAUAGCAAUUACAAUAUAUAAUGCACAUAACACAAGAUGUUUAUGGUCACUGGUAAUACCAUGGAAGCAGCAGAACAGUCCCACAGAUCUUACUCCAACCGGAAGAAUGAAUUACAAGCUUUUGAUGAUACCAAAGCCGGGGUGAAAGGACUAGUAGACGCUGGAGUUAAGAAAAUUCCGGAUAUAUUCAUUCAUCCACCUGAUGUCUUUGAAAAUAACUCAGGUGACAAGUGCAAAGAUUUUUGUAUUCCUGUCAUCGAUCUUGAAGGCCUUGAUAAAGAUCAAGAGAGUCAUCAAGAGAUAGUUAAUAAAGUGCGGUGUGCAUCUGAGACAUUUGGUGUUUUCCAAGUUGUGAAUCAUGGGAUUCCAGUGAAUGUAUUAGAAGAGAUGCUUCAUGGAGUACGUAGGUUCUUUGAGCAAGACACUGAGGUGAAGAAAGAGUUUUACACGCGUGACUCUACAAGAAAAGUGGUGUACUAUAGCAAUUUUUAUUUGUUUAGUGCACCGGCAGCUGAUUGGAGGGACACACUUUACUGUGUUAUGGCUCCUCCUCCUCAACCAGAGGAAUUGCCAGCACCAUGCAGAGAUAUCCAGAUAGAGUUUUCAGAACAAGUAAUGAAAUUGGGGAUUACUUUAUUUGGAUUACUAUCCGAGGCUCUGGGACUGGACAUUAAUCACCUAGAAGAUAUGGAAUGUGCCAAGGGGCUUGAAUUGUUCUGUCAUUGCUAUCCCCCAUGUCCGCAGCCAGAACUGACAUUAGGCACCACCAAACACACUGAUUUUCAUUUCCUCACUGUACUUCUUCAAGAUCAGAUUGGUGGACUACAAAUUCUUCACCAAGAUCAUUGGAUUGAUGUUCCGCCUCUUCCGGGGACACUUAUAGUUAACAUCGGAGAUCUUCUACAGCUUCUAACGAAUGAUCGCUUUAAAAGUGUGGAGCACAGAGUCGUUGCAAACAAAAUUGGCCUGAGAGUAUCAGUAGCAUGCUUCUUUAGCACUGGUCUAAUGCCAUCUCCGAAGCUCUAUGGACCUAUCAAAGAGUUGGUUUCAGAUGAUAAUCCUCCCAAGUAUAGAGAAACAACAGCUCAAGAAUAUUUAUCAUACUCCUACUCAAAAGGGCUGGACGGGGAAUCUCGAUUGCUGCACUUCAGGCUGAAAUGAAUAAAAUUUGUAGUCCAAAAUAGAUAAAUAUGUAUAAUAAUAUAAGAAUAAUUUGCUUGGUGACAAAAUCACUCAAGCUGAUUAGCUGUUAUGAUAUAUUAAACUGAGUGAUACUUUGCAAGACUAGUGACCUACUAGUCGCUCUCGGUAAUCACUGAGUUAAUGUUGUCUUGUUCCUGGAUCUCUUGUGGCACACGCAGGAAAUCUUCUUCAUGUAUCAUAUGAAAACAUUGUUAUGGUUUUAAAAUGUUGUUUUUUCUACUGA